AUGGAGCACCCUUCGGGUCGAGCGGCUAUCACGUUCUCGAAGAAGCCCGAUGAUUUGAUUCCUUUGUUGAAUAACGCAGCAAGUGAAGGGCAUCUAGAAGUGAUGGGGUAUCUCAAUGAUCAAGGGUUCGCUGUGGAUUUUGGGGUCGCGCUACUCUGUGCGAUUCGCAGAGACAACAUGAAAGCGGUAACGUGGCUGAUAGCGCACUUCACUCCGUCGGAGAAGAUCCCUGAAUAUUGCAUUCUGGUGGAAGCUGCGAGGUAUGGACGUGUGGGGAUGCUGCAGUAUUUUCAGAGCUCGGAGUCUCUGGAGGUGCCGGGUUUCCCGGGGUCAAAACUAUCCUCGAUCCCAAGAACAGGUACUAAAUUCUCACCCGACAUUCGCACAGCCGGACUAAACGCGCACUCAACGGGAUGGCGAUCAACGGACGCUAUGGACGCUGCUGCAGCCAAUGGACAACGGAAAGCAGUCAAGUGGCUCCAUAUGAAUCGAACUGAGGGUUGCACGAAGAGCGCGAGGAUACCUGGAAGUGGUGAAAUGGCUUCAUGCGAAGGCUUCACGGACAGAGCCAUCCAUUCCGCGGUCCUCCAUGAUCGCAUUGAAGUUGUGAAAUGGUUGAUACCGCAAGCACCAACGUAUAUGAAGAGCGGUGCGAUGGAGGACGCUAUUAACAAGGGGAAUCUAGCGUUGGUGCAGUGGCUACACACCCAAGCGAAAGUUCGUUGCACGGCAAAUGCGAUGAUCCUUGCUGCGGGACAUGACCAAUUGGAGAUACUAAAGUACCUGUACUCGCAUCGACCUAAGGGUGCUGCGCUCAAGAGCUGUGGGGUUGCAGUCGAGAGAGCAAUGAGCGAAGGCCAUUUCCGCGUCGCGCUUUGGUGUUUUAAGCACUUUCCUGCGCGUAAUCCCAGUAUUGAUCGGAUUUCUAUCACGAGUACUACCCGGAAAUGUUCGCGGAGCAUGGCGUGGAAGCAAUGCGUGAGAGAGCGAGACAGCGUCGUCCGGCAGGAUUUGGUUUCAUCGCGAAGUGGCUCGACUCCCAGGUGCCGAGUGCGUGAUUGCAUCCGGAACGUUUAUCGUUCUUGCAUCGGCUGCUGUGCCACAAACCUUCGAGGGUACCGUUUUCUUUUUCUUUUAAGGAAGUCAACGUCUAACUACAUAUUUUGA